AUGGACUUCUAAAUUAAAAUUAAGAAAUUAUUGGAAAUUUUAUGGCUUAACUCAAUUUUUAUUGCAAAUUUAAUCUAAAAUAUAUGGUGGAUAUUGAAUACCUUAUGGCUUUUAUAGCCAAUAAAUUAUUCUGUGUUUAUUUUUCAAUUGGCUUGUCUAUUAUUAAGAUGUUUAUAACUAAUUUUGAUUGCAAAAGAAUAUUGGUUAAAUUUUGUGAUUCAUCUAAUGUCCUUGUUAUAUUUUGUAAUUUAUUUUGAAUCAUUUUUAUUAAUUUAGAUUAAUCACAAUUUAGAAAUAGUCUCAAAUUUUUUAUUAAUUUUAUUUACAUAUUAGGAUUACAUAAAAAUUGCUAUAUCGAAAUAUAGUUUAAUUUGUUAGUUAGGGAUUCCAUUUUAUCUUUUAAUUAGAACAAUAUACACACUAAUUAUUGAUUUUAGCAUCUAUUAGAUAGUAAAUUUAAUAAUAUUAUGUUUAUUAUUCAUAAAAUACAUAAUUUUGCUAUAAAUUUAAUUUAAGAAGAACUUUUAAGAAAAAACAACAAAAUAUUAAUUAAAAAUUAAAGAAGAGAGAGAAUCUUUACCAAUACUUUAAAAUUAAUAGAUAUUUCCAUCUUUAAAAUCAUAAAGUAAAUUAUCAAUUAAAUAAUCUCCUUAAUAGAAUAUGAGUGUAUUUUUAAGAGAUCUUCCUAGUGAAAUGAAAUUAAUAUAAUAUUCUAAUUUGACUAAUUUUUAGAAAUUAAAUAAGAGCUAUGAAAAAUCUGAUUAAUCGAUGUGUUCAUUUUAUUAAAAUUUACUCAAUAUCUUUCCUUAAGGAAUUUUGAUUUUAAACUCUGCUUAACAAGUUAGUUUUAUGAAUAACAAAUGUGAAAAGCAUUUAGAAUGUUAAGGAGCAGAUAAAAUAUUAGAAAAAAUAAAAAAUUGUGUAAAUGAUGCAAAGAUACGAGAUUUUUAAAUUGAUGAUUAAAAUUCUUUUCAAGCAAAGUAAUAAUAAAAAUAACUUCAUUAUCGUGUAUUAAAAGAAAUAAUUAGCCAUUUAUAAAAUAAAAAUAUAACAGUUGAUGUUUUGGAUAUCAUUUUGUAACCUAAUAAAUAUUCAAGUAUUAUUGAAUCUAAACAAGAUUUAAUUUUUGGAGAUAAUUCUAUGAAUUUUAUAUCAUAGAUAUUUAUAUAUGAAUGGUUUAUUAAAUCUGGUUUAAAAAAGAAUAAUUCAUAAAAAAUACUAAAAUUAAUAAUUAUCCCUACAUCUAUGACAAUUUAAUAGUAAGAAUAUUUUCAAUCUUAGUCAUAAAUUUAAAGUGUUAGCAAAGUUAAUAUUUAACCAAUUUCUGAUAUUGAUAACCCUAUCCUUCUUAUAAUAAUUAAAAAUAUCACACAUAAACAUAAAUGUUAAUAAAUAAGAGAUGAACAGAUUAUUCAUCACAGUCUAAUCAAAUCAUUCUCUCAUGAAUUAAGAACACCUUUAAAUAGUUGUUAGCAUAUGCUCAAUAUAAUGAAACAAGUAUAAAAUGAAGAAGAUAAAAAGGUAUGUCUUGGAAUUGCAUAGAACUCUAUUAAAUUAUUGAUACAUUAAAUUAAUGACAUUAUAGAUUAUGCUGCUAUUUAGUCAUAUUAGUUUUCUUAUCAUAUUACAUAAUUCCCAAUAAAUUUGAUUAUUGAUGAAAUAGAAGAAUUAUACAAAGCUUAGAUGAUAUUUAAGAAAAUCAAAUUUAAAAUUCAUAUCAAUCAUAAUCUAAUAGAUUUAAUCAUAUCUAAUGAUAAAUAGAGAAUAUUAUAAAUAUUAGUAAAUUUAUUAAAUAACUCAAUAAAAUUUACAUAAGAAGGUGGUUACAUUCAUUUAAACAUAACUGAAAGGGAAUAUUUUUCAAUUAAUAUAGAACUUAAAGAUAAUGGAAUAGGCAUUGAAGAAAAAUAAUUACAUAUGAUACAAAGUAAUUUAUAUGAUACAACAGAAUUUGGUGCCAUAUUGAAAUAAAAUUAUGAUAUUAAGAAAAAAGGUUUAGGAUUAAGAAUUGUUGCAAAACUUGUACAAGGAUUAACAGAAGCUUAGGAUAAUAAAUUAAUAAUUAAAUCUAUUAAAAAUUAAGGAACUAUAGUCUCUUUUAAAUUAGAAAAUCUGUAAUUUAACUAAAACAUCUGUUAAUAAUCAUCUAAUUUAUUUACACAAUAAACUGGGAAUUUUAAUUAAUCAGAAUUACUUUAUCCACAUAAUAAGAUAAAUAUUGAUGAUAAAGUUGCAAAUUAAAUGAAUAUUUAAUUUUCUAAAAUUAAAAAUGAUUCAGAAAAUUUAGAUCAAAAUUCAGAGACUUAUAAAGCAACUUCUAGAUUAAAUGAUUUUGAAAUUCAACGAGAGAUUUUACUACCAAUUAGUCCAGAAUAUUUUCAUCAUAAAUUUGUAUCUUCUUGUAAAAAUUUAUAAGAAUUAUAAACCUCUUGUAUUUAAAAACCAAAAUCUAUUUGCUAAAAUUGUAUUCAAGUUUUAAUUGUUGAUGAUAUUCCAUUUAAUCAAAUAGCUUUAAAAAUGAUGUUAAAAAAUUAUAAUAUUGAAGCAGAUUCUGUAUUUGAUGGAUUUCAAGCUAUCGAAAAAGUUAAACUCAAAAUGUUAUAACAUUGUUAAACAUAUAGAUUAAUUUUUAUGGAUAUAGAAAUGCCUGGAAUGGAUGGAUUCUAAACAAGUAAACAAGUAUAUAAUUUAAUCUAAUUUUUAGAUUUUGAAAUUGACAAAAAAGUAAUCAACAAUUGUUAUUUGUUCUGCAUAUGAUACUUAAGAAAAUUACAUUAAAGGUUCAAUUUUGGGUAUCAGUAAAUUUCUACCAAAGCCUGUUAAUCAAGAUGAAUUAAAAGUAGUAUUAGAAAAAUUAUUUAAAUUUGAUUGA